AUGAGCCUCCCCACCCCAGACCGUCUCUCCCAAGCAAUCCGCUUCCUGCACUCCCUCGACCUAGAAGCCAUGCUUCGCGAGACCCAAUCCUCCUCACCACAAACACUACCAUCAGAACCGACCGCACCAGUCUCUCCAUUUCUCAUAUCCCUCGAAUCCCUACACGCCAUUCCCCGCGCAAAAGCAGCAACAGUUCUGCAUGCCGCGCCCGUGGAUCCCACGAACCGUCUGUAUCCGUUUUGUGUGAAGUUGAGGGAUAGGUUUCUCGAGGAGGGGUUUUUGGUGGGGGAUAAGCCCGCGGAGAAGCCCGCGGAGAUGGCGGUGGAUAUAGGUGGUGGUGAGGAGCAGCAGAGGCAGGUGGAUUUGGCUGCUGGGGAUAGUGCAGAGAUGGCGCCUGCGCCUGUCGGGUCUAAGUCCAAGGUACGGCCGUUGUUGCUGCAUGCUACGAUCGUGAAUACUAUUUACGCAAAGGGGAAAGGUGGUGGCCAUGGUGGGAGAGGAGGUAGAGGAGGUAGAGGUGGUGAUGGCAGGGGUGAUAAGAGGAAGAGGCAGUAUACGUUUGAUGCGAGGGAGAUUCUUGCUAGGUAUCGCGAUUAUACGCCUCCUGGGGAGAGUGUGGAGAGUACUGGGACUGCUCCUAGUCUGGGGUCCAUUGAGAAUGAGGGCUCUGGGUCAGGGUCAGGCUCAGAGGGUGAGAGUAGCCUUCCUAAAGGGAAAGGCACGCCCUUCGUUUGGGCGAGGGAUUUCCCUAUCGAGUCGGUAUGUAUCUGCGAGAUGGGCGCGAAGAAACUCGUGCCUGAUCUGAAUGGUAAGGAUGAGGGCAUGAAUGCGCGACUAGGGGAGAAGUAUCGCGUCGUAGCGGAGAAGAGUCUGCUGUUCGGUUCGUGA